AUGUCGGUCCGUGUCGUCGCUAGAAUCCGUCCCUUGCUUGAGAAAGAGCUAGACAAAGAUGUGAUCGUGACCGCCGACCGCGUCGAGGAUGCGAAGCCCCUAACCCUCGUCAAGAUCCCGAGUCCAAAGAACGGAGCUGAAGAGUUCUCGUUCGCGUUCAACAGUGUCUAUGAGCAGACCACCUCUCAAGAGGAGCUGUUCACUGCAGAGGUGGCCCCUCACCUGAAGGCGUUAUUCCAGGGCUUCGAUGUAACAAUCUUUGCCUAUGGCGUCACGGGUACCGGGAAGACGCACACGAUGCGAGGCGGGCUGCGACUUGCUGACCGGGGUGUGAUCCCGAGACUGCUGAGCAACGUUUUCCGGCGCGGAAAGAAGAUUAUCAAGGAUACCAAUGGCGAGACGACAGUGGCAGUCGCGCUCUCGUACUACGAAAUCUACAACGACAAGGUAUUCGACCUACUCGAACCGCCCGAGAAACGUACCGCAACCGGCCUCCGACUGUGCGAGAAGGACGGCAAGACCCUGGUCGUCGGGCUGUCCGAGCGGUCUUGCGACGACCUCAAGGAUUUCGAGAGACUGUACAUCGAAGCGAACAACAACCGUGUGACCGCUGCAACCAAGCUCAACGCUCACAGCAGCCGCAGCCACGCCAUCUUGCGGGUCAAGGUGACGCAAACGACGGGGAACAUGGUGAAGGAGAGCACUGCUUCAGCCAUUGACUUGGCUGGAUCGGAGGACAACCGAAGGACGGACAAUGGCAAAGAGAGAUUGAUCGAGUCGGCGGCCAUCAACAAGAGCCUGUUUGUCCUGAGUCAGUGCAUCGACGCCAUCUCGCGCGGCGAUAAGCGGAUUCCGUACCGAGAGUCCAAGAUGACGCGUAUUCUUUCGCUGGGACAAAACCAGGGCAUCACCAUCAUGAUCCUGAACCUCGCCCCGUUGCGUAGCUACCAUCUCGACACGCUCAGCAGCUUGAAUGUCAGCUCCAGGGCGAAGCGGAUCGAGGUGCGAGAGAUUGAGAACGAGAUCGUGUAUAAGCAGGCUCCGCGCACCAACUCGGGCCUUAGCGGUUCGAACAUUCCACGCCAGCCGCUUCGGCCUCUAAACAAUGCCCACAAUAUUCAUUCGGGUGCUGCGGCUGCCAAAGCCGCUGAGAAGGCUGAAAAGGCUGACAAGCCGGUCAAGGCCUUCGCGGUGUUUCCUGACAAGAAGCCCGCGCCUGCUAUCCGAUCCAUAGUUGCCCCUUCUGCCAACACCUCGCUGCCUCGGCAGCCUCUCCAGGUUAAGCGGCCAUCGGAAGUGGGUGAUUCUCUUCCACGGCCCUCCAAAUUGGCGCGGCCAACCGGACUGACCGGUAUUCGCCCGCCACAACCGGCCUCGCCCUCGCCAAAGCAGAUCUCCAUGACCGCAGACCAGAUUGAGGCUAUGGUUGAAAAGAAGGUCGCAGAGAUCCUUGCGUCAAGGGCCGCUACCGAAGCAGCCGCGGCUCCCCCGUCUCAACCGACAUCAGGUUCGGAACCUGCCACUUCGACCGCAGCUCAGCACGAGAUCAGUGAAGAAGUCCAGCGUCGACUCGAGGCCCUGGAGCGCCGCAUCGAAAAGGAAUCCCGGUCUGACAGCGGGCGUUCAGAAGGACUGCGACUCCUUCUGCAAGCUCGCCAGGCCAAGGAACACGGCGAUGACGAGGGUGCCUUGAAGCUCUAUGAAGAGGCCUUGGUUUAUUUCCCUGGCCAGGCCAAAUUACUCGGCAAGAUCGAGCGGCUACGCGUGAAGCUUGGGUUGGCAGAGGCCGACCUUAAUCAACCCGAAAUGAAGGAUUGCAAAGAAGGAAAACGGUCCGUUAGGGCCAGUGGGACGGACGAAGAUGACGAGUACCAGGAAGGGACCGAAGCCGAUAUCGACGACGACGAGAACGUCUGUGGACGCAGCCCAGUCCGCGGGAAAGGAUCGAAAAAACGCCCAGUGAAGGUUUGGCCCGUUUUAGAAGAGGCAGAACUCGAUGAAACUGCCUUGCUGGCGGUCAAGCAGCUCCUGGAGAUUGUCAACUCUCGUGAUCUGUCGCUCAUCAAGGGCUUACACGGGUUUGGGGCCAAAAAGGCACAGGACUUGGUCGACUCGCUCGCCUCGAGGGGUGACGAGGUUGAAUCUCUCGCGCAGCUGCGGAUGCUGCCGGGGAUGGGAGGACGAACGGUGGAAAGAGCAUAUCAAGGGUUGGUUCCGACGGUGUCGGUGUGA